CCAUUUAAAUCCAGCAGACGGCAGCAUGCAGUUAGAUAACAUUAAGAACACCCGAAGAAGAGCAGAAGGCAACGUUUCCCAAUUUGCAGGGGCCAUGCUGGAAAAAACAGCUGAUAAAGGGAAGGCGACUGCCGAGGAGAAAGGCUUCCGGACGCCCGGGCUGAGGGGAGCACAGACCACUACAUUGUUCCGGGCUGUCAAUCCUGAACUCUUCAUUAAACCGAAUAAACCAGUGAUGGUAUUUGGGAUGGUGGCCAUCACUUUGAGUGUGGCUUACCUGGGCUAUCUGCACGCUAUGAAAGAAAAUGACCAGCAGCUUUAUGAAGCUAUAGACAGCCAAGGAGAGAGAUACAUGAAGAGGAAGACUUCCAAAUGGGACUGAUGACAAUGCAUGCUGUAGUUCACCACAUGACUGAGUGUGUAUGAUUGUGUUUUUUGGGAAACAAAAAUGAAAGCUGAGCUGAUUGAAAUAAAGAACUCCUGACAACUGUGUUACGGUGAUUUGACAGAGCAACAAAAAUGAACAAGACAAACGAAUAUGCAAAAAAAAACCCCACUAUUAUUAGAGAUUUUGUAAAUUACAGAUAAACGGACUCUGGAGGAAAGUGUCUGACAUACUCAGACUGCACAGAAUGACUGUUAUGGGGAAAAUGUGUUAGACAAACUGGACAGAAUGAUCAUGAGCUUCUCCACCAAUGUAGUGAACGGAAUGCUGAUAUCAUAUUGUGCCCGACCCUGAAUGGGUGGACACAUGCUGGGUAUUUAAUGUCUGGAAUAAAAGAAAAAAACGGGGUUCUGAGGUACCGGUUGCAUUGUGUUUUGAGAACCCAGUACUGACUGUAAACAUCCCUCUGUCUUUUACAUUAAAUAUGGUAAAAUAUA